AUGACGCCGCCAGAAUCAGGCCGGGCACCCGCCCUCCCAAGCUUGCCCUCGCCCCCUUUCAUCCACGUCCCAGGUCUCCCUAACCUGCGCGAUGCGGGCGGGUACGCGAUUGAGGGGAAACCGGGCAAGGUGGUCCGGCGCGGGGUGCUCUUCCGGUCUGCCGAUCUGACCAAGCUCGAAGACGAAGGCAUCGCCGUCCUCCGUCCACUGGGCAUCACGCACGUCUUCGACCUUCGGUCACAGACCGAGCUAGAACGGGACGGCCACACGGAGGCCAAGACCUGGGAGGGCGCCGCCCGCGUGUUUGUGCCUGUCUUCCUGAACAAGGACUACAGCCCCGAAGCGUUGGCGGUGCGCUUCCGGAAUUACAGUGAUGGGCCAGAGGGCUUCGUGAAGGCGUACGCCGCCAUCCUUGAGUCUGCCGCCGAGCCGGACCAUCCACAUGCGCCUUUCCGAACGGUGUUCGAGCACAUUGCCUCAUCCGCGGGGCACCCUUCACCGCUGUUGAUUCAUUGCACCGCGGGCAAAGACAGAACCGGCGUUCUCAUCGCCUUGAUACUUUCCCUCUGCGGCCUCUCGGACGCAACCAUCGCCGACGAAUAUGCGCUGACCGACCUCGGUCUGGCGGCCCGCAAAGAGGGGAUUGUGCAGCGCCUGAUACGCGACGAGGCGCUGUUUGGGGACAGGAAACGGGCUGAGACGAUGGUGGGGGCGAGGUAUGUAUUUUUCAAGGGAAACAUGCUCCUCACACUCUCGCUGAUCCGCGAGAAGUACGGCUCUGUCGAGGCGUAUGUUGUCAAUCAUCUUGGGGUGCCGCAGGCCAGCGUGGAUCGUGUCCGCGACUACCUUGUUGUUGACCUGGCUGAGGGCGAAGAGCCAUUGCAGUGGAAGAUCUAG